UUUCCGGAUGCGGAUAUGCAAAGCGGUAGUUCUGGUUCAUCCCGUUGGUGAAGGAAAAUAAUAAGAAUGUUAAUAAUAAUUCACCUACGAGCCUGUAGAUAAUCCAGGCGUUGUCGUCGGAUGUCUUAAAGCGGGUUCGUUCUGGUUUCAGGCCAGUCGUUGCAUUCAGGAUAUUCUGACGCCAUGAGCCGAAAAAAUAGGGCUAUUCCCCCGGUCUUGCUAACUGUUGUCAUGUUUAGUCAACUUUGGCGCCUUCGUUACGUACCAGCACGCUUCACGGACGGGGCUCCCUCAUUUUCUGCUUAGUUUACAUCCACACUGCACUUGUACUUCUUUACUUACAUAUACAAUAUUGAGACCUUCUAUGGUGGGGGAUUAGUAUAUAUUAUGGAACUGCAUGCUGAUAUUGAGACAUCUAACUAAAUAGAACCGAUUUAGACAGAAAAAAAAGGCCCACAUUACAAAAUUCAACUAGUCUGUAUAUAAUAGCUGAUAACAGUGAGAUUACCCGAAUGGAGCCGUAAUAGCCUAAUAUAAACAGCAGAGAACAGAGAGGAGGAUGGCCCCACAGACACCCACAGCAGUAAGAACUACCCAAGCCUGGCUGCAGUCCUCCAGGCAUAUCCAGGUGCCCUUUGCCUGGCUUGAAGCCUGCGUUGAGUGGAUUCAAGGAGAGGCUGGAGGAGCAGAUCAUCUGUCUCAGCAGCAAAUCAAUCAACAGGUCCUGGACCAGUGGCUGCUGACAGAUCUGAGAGACCUGGACCAUCCGGUUCUCCCUGAAGGACUCGCCCAGGCCCAAAAGACAGAACUCAACGGCACCUUUUGUGUCCAGGUUGACUCAUUGUUGGACGUCAGUCAGCCUGCAUAUGGUCAGCUGCAGAAGUGGAGGGGUACAGACUGCACCAAUGACGAGGUCUCAGCUGUCACGCAGGCCACUCAGAGGCCCUGGGAGGCCAGCUCGACCCGUAUGCUGCUUCUCCAGAUUACGGAUGGAGUCCAGAGCUUGGAGGCCAUGGAGUAUCAGUCCAUCCCCGCCCUCAGCGCAGCACUCAGGCCCGGUGUGAAGCUGCAGUUGCAGGGCAAGAUGGUCUGCCGACUUGGUGUCGUGCUUUUGGGGCCGUCCAAUGUGAAGGUGCUAGGCGGUGAGGUGGAGGACUUGGUGGAAAGGAAUACUCAGGGAAAGGUGCUGUGCCGCACGCUCGGCCUUCCUGAGCCGGAGCAGCGGCAUGAGGAGGAAGGGGGGGAGGCUUCGACACAACCGCGUCAAGGCAUCCAGGAAGUGGAGGACCUGGAGGUGGAUGAUGCGGAGCUGUUGGCCAGCCUCGAGGAACAUCGUGAGGUCGAAGUGCUUCAGGUUCAGCCUACUAGAGACAGCGGCUACGGGACCACGCAGGAGCCCUCGGCCCUGUCUUCCUUCCUUGGGGACCUUGUCUCAUCCAGGAGUCAAGCCUCCACCUCUUACAGAAGCGACUUGACACAAACGAACAGGAGUGGGUCCGUCGGAAGAAACCACAGCGAUGACGGACAGCGACGCUCUGACCUUGUCGAGUUCUUCCACUCUGAUGCGAUGGAUCAAAACAGCCAAGGCGCCAACAUGGCCGGCGACGAAUUUCCCGACGAAGACUUUGAUGAUUUUCCCCUGGACGAGUUAGACGACGUCAUAUUUCAGGAAAGUGAAAAUGUUGACGGCGGCCAGAGAAGCACGCUUCACAGUAACAGAAUAGCAGGACAUGAAAGCGGCGUGGAGAGAGCAACAAAGCCUCAGCCCCCUCGGUUAGAGGCGCACGCCUCACAUCGAUCUGGGACAUUUGAAGGCUCCAGAUCCACCACACUGAAAAGAGACCACCAAGGCUUGAUCAAGGAGGCUCCGGUCGCGUCCAAGCCCUUCGUUCUGUCAAAAGUCUCAGAGCGGCCCAGAGAGUCAGAGUUGGGUGUCGGUGAUGAGAACGGUUUUAGGGAUGACGACAUGGACUGCGUGUUUCAGGAGGUUGAGGACAAUCCAGGGCAGACGGAGAGCUCUGAAGGACUGGCUCAGAUCUCUGCUAAAAAACAAUCGGGAAGAGAGGGAGAAAGCGUUUCCGGCUGUAGCCUUUCCAGGGUAUCCCCGAAAACGCUUACCGGCUCAUCACACAAGUUGAACGCUACAGACGCCAGCUUCCCCGCUCUCAGUCUGACCUCCGCACCUUUCACCUACUUGUGCCUGCUUGAAAAGCUGACAUCUGAACCGCGCUCGCGCCCGCUCCAGAUCCACGUCAAAGCCUUCAUCGUGACUCUGCUGGGGAAGCUGAGCAGCGGUAAUGGCGUCUGGAGUGUUUCCGCCUCCAUAUCGGAUGGAACGGCUUACCUGGACGUGGAGCUAUCCAAUCGGGUUUUGACAGGCUUGCUGGGGUUCUCGGUGGCGGAGAAGACGGCUCUGAAGCGAGACCCGGCCCGCAGGGGGGAGCUGGACUCGGGCAUGAGGAGGUGCCAGGAAGAGCUGGUGGACAUGUGCUGCAUCAUGACCAUCGUCGUCGAGCCGGGCGACGGGAGGGCCGUGGUGACCGAGGCCCAACCGGUCAGCGAGAGAGUGCUGCGGGAGCUGGAGCGGAGGGCGAGAGAAAGUCAACGCAGCUGAGUGGAAGUGGGCGAAAAUGAGAAAAUUACCUCCAAUGGAAAGAUUAAAUUGCCUUUCAGCGGAGGGGAAAAAUUGCCAAUAAAGCGAUGAUCAAAAGCGAUGAUCAACCUGCCCUUCUGCUACGUUUUUAGACGGCAGAAGGUGUGAACUGGAAGUCCGAUGAUCUGAUGAUCUUGUGUCGCAAUGCGUCCCAUCUGCCGUAUGCGAACGUAGCAUUCUGUCGUUUGGCACCGUGGGACCUAAUUCAUCUAUUCGUCGUGCUGUCGUGGGCUUUAAAAUCCACCGCGUCGCUUACAGUUUACGCGCAGCCAAGCACAACGUGUGUAUCGAUUAGCAGAAUGCUGCUUUGGACAGCCCCGAGUUAGGCGUCACGCGUUCUGUGUAACAUCGAAAAACCGCACUAGGAGAAAAGUGGAGAUGAAAGUAGGUGUUCGGGGGUGUUCAUGUUCUGAUUGCGGUAAUGAAUUGCCGGUCUAUGCAUUCAUCCAACGCGGCCAUUACUUCCCACUGAAAAAGUGAUUGAAUAGGCAAGGGCAGCAUGGGUCUUUAAUAAACUUCCUCAGAGGAGAAUGAAAGGAAAGGUGGGGGGGAUAAAGGAGAGGCGAUGAGCUUUGAUUAUUUCUCUGCUCCUCGGAGCCAUGUCCGUGGUUUCGGUUUUAAAUGUAGCGGUUUGUUUGUUUUUGUUCUAAAUACGGGAAAUAAAAAGAUACCAAAAAGGUUUUUAUCAUA